AAACACUCCGGCGGGAGCCUAUGAGAGAGAAGUUCCUCGGCACGCGCAGCUCAGCAGGGGGGCGGCGGCCGCCGCUUUCCCCCCUUUUUAGCGCCUGGGAGAGGAGACACCUGCGCGCAUUCCCUUCGGCGGCAGCGGAGCGGCAGGUUCGCUUCCCGCGGAGGAGCCGCCCCGGGAGACCCGCUUCUUUACCUCGGCCCGGUGUGGGGAGUGGGGUCCCGCCGCGCAAAUGGGGUGCUCCAGCAGCGCUCAGACCCAGGUCAAGGACUGCAGCCGGCCGGCUCCCAAGUCUCCGGACGCCAACGGGCUGCAGAAAUGCGGUGAGCGCCCCUUAGGCUCCCUGCUGCUGCUGCUGCUGCUACCAAUUCUCCUUUUAAAAAAAGUUUCUAUCCUGCCCUUACAAAGUUGCUGCUGCUGCUCUGGCAAGCGGAGCAGGCAGGGGAUGCGGGCUCAGCACACUUGGGGGGGGGGGGAGUGUUUAAAACACCUGUAGUAAUUAAUGGUAAAAGCAGCACCUAAUUUAAUUCCCGCUUGAUAUUCGCUCCCUUUGUAAUAUUGGGAGUUAUGUGGCAGUGAAACUUCUAUUAUAUGUUCCGCUCAGUCGAGGGUUUGCGCGUCGUGCAUCAAAGGAAGCCUCUCGAGCCGUAAUACGUUGGUAAGGAAGGGGCAGAAAUGUGGUUUUCCCCUCACGGAGCUACAUUUCCCAGCACCCGUAGCAAACCGCAGUUCCCGGGAUCCUGUGUGUUUGAAAUAUACGGUGUGUUAAGGUUUUUUUGUGUUUUUUUAAGGUGUCGCAAUAUUCUUUUCGUAGCAAGAGGCGCUCAGUUUAUAAUAGAGUUGAAUCUGGUGCGGGGAGGGAAGAAGGAUUCAAAACCGUUUGGAGCGGUAAUAUUGUUAGGGUCGCCACACCUGUUCUUUUCCUGUUGUUUUGGGGUGGGAAUUCUGCUUUUCUCGAGCCUAUAUAACAAGGUGCAUUGCUCAAGUUCUGUUUCCUUCUGUACAUCCAUUAAAGAGGCAGGUACAGUCUUCCUUUGAUUAUCCUUUCUGCAUUCCUUGCUAUCUUCAGAUGGGAAGAUACUUUUAACCUCUAGUCCAUAAUCUGUAAGGUAGUAUUCCCUACUAGUCCUACCUAGAGAAGACUCAUGGAAAAUAAUGAACAUGGCUAAUUAAUUUCAGGUCCAUUAAUUUCAGUGGGUUUAUUCUGAGGAAACAAUUAGUUGAAUAGAACCCUAAAUUUGCUCCUUCUUUCCUUGCCUACCCCCAUGCCUCCAUUUUACUUUCUCUGUGGUUAAUGGAGGUAAGUAAAAGAAUCAAAAGUUGCGGUGGGGGGGAGCCACUUCCCACCUUAGUUUAUCUUGGCUUGUUCUAGUGCUAAAAUUGCCAUUCUGGCAAUAUUCAUCCUGAUCCACAGGAGCUAGUGCAUUUAAUUUUACUUCUAAAUAAGCAAUUAUAGGGCUGUGGGCCUAUUUUGUAACUACCGAUAAACUGCAUAUGGCUGUGUCAUUGUUAUGUAAGUUUGGCAGAUAUUUUGUUUUAAUAACCUAGUCUACCGGCCUGUGUUAAACUGGACUGCUAAGAGUUAAGAGGUAUUAACUCUCCAGUAUAAAUUAUAACCAGGCUUCAAAAAAAAGCUGUGCUGAAACUCCGCAUAACUUGCCUGAGAAUAAGUUGUGUAUAGAUUUGCAUAUAAACAAAUAGUGUUUACACCUAAGGCACACUGAGGUAUAUUGUUUGGGUUAUUAUUCUGUGUAUACUUCCCUGUGAGCAAACCUCAGUUAACAUGUUAGGACCUACUUUUAAGUAAACAUACCUACGGUACUUGGUUACACUUGCAAAAAGGUUCUCAGGCUUUCAUAGUUUGUAGAUAGUGCGCUACAGUCAUUUUUCUUCUCUCAAUAAAGCUUUUUAAAAGUAUAUAUUUCUUAAUCAGACUUUUAACUUAUCUUAAUGUACAGUAAAACAAUACAGUACAGCCUUGGCAUUGUGAAAACUGACCUAGGAAUAAAUAGUGUUUCAUAUUUCUGUUUGAGUCCACAUUUUGUGUGUAGUAUAAACGUUUAUGAUAAAAGUAUUUGCUUCGUUUCUAAAUUGGAUGCUCUGAUCUAUCCUGGAUGAAGUGGCUUGUCUGAUUCCAUUGCGUUAUAAAAUGAUGCCACAGGAGACUGAAAUGUGACACAAACUCUACUAAACAAUGCAAUUCCUUACAACUAGUCUAAAAAUUUACUGUGGUUAACUUCUGAGCUUGACAGCCAUUAUAUGCUGGCCUUGAAGGCAGUGUAGAAACUGUGACUGGUCCAGAAUGGGGUGACUUUGUUUGUGGUUUGGGGGCUGCAAGUCAGGGACAUAUUAUGCUGAUUUUGUGAGAAAUCCACUACAGUAUUCUCCAGUUUGUGGACUACAUUCAAUGUGUGAAUAAACGACAAAUGGACCAAGGCAAAGCUAUAGUAUAAAAUUAAAAAUCUAACACUUCAAAAAGAGCAAAAAUAAUCCUGGGGGAAAUAUCAACCCCAUGGUUAAAGUUGAAAUUAUUUCCCUUGGGCAUUUUGGACAAAUGUGUAAAUUAGUUACACAUAUGGCAAAAUGUUAAUGAGGCCUUCCUCUUCUUUUUAAAGGAUUUACACAUCUACGUAGUGGAAGGUAAGGAGGCCACUGAAUAUAUAAAGGCAUGUAACUAAUUCUGCUGUACUCUUGGUGAGAUCAUUUUACCAGGAAACAAACAUGUCAUUCUGCAGUUAUAAGCUUUUUCCUGAGUUCCCUUAAGGCUUCUUCACUCAAAACAGUUUUUGUAGGAUGGUUUAAUAAGUUAACUUGUCAAAAUUAAUUUGGGUGGGACACUGUGCUCGUCAUUACCAUUCAGACUUGUUGGGGUGGGUAAGGGACAUAAACAUCUACACAUACCUCUGCUUUCAGGCUACAACAUGAACACUCUGCAUUUUUGCUUCUAAGCAUCAGAACUAAAUGACUUGACAUGUUCAUUCAAUAAUUUGUGAAAUAGCUGCUAUCAUGAGAUGCAAGAUACCUGUGGAGGAAGGGUUAUGCAUUGCCUUAUGUCUAUAUUGUUGAAGGCCUGGUCCACUUGUAUUGGCUGCAGUAAAAGAACAGUAGUUAUUGUGCAAUAAACGACAAUUAUUCACAUAUGGAAGGAGACCAGUAAAAGUACUUGGUUUAGAGUGGGGUUACUCCUACUAACUUUAGUACUGGGGCAGGUUUUAUGCACCCCUCUGUUUUGUCCGAAUUUAGAACUGGAUGGGACAAUUGAGCCACUCUGUUUUGAAUUUCUUAUAGUGCAUUCUACAUGUUUCCUUAGACGUUAUAGCUAACAUGCAUACUGAUAAUCACACUAUCAAAAAAGAAAAAGUAGCCCUAGAGUUGCUUCUGGUGGUGUAGUUGCCACUCCUAGAAAUUAAUCUUUCAGAUAUGCUUUGAUAUGGGUGGCAUCAAGUUUACAGAAGAACAGUUGAUUGUAUGGAUAAAUGGGAUAUAUAUAUAUAUAUAUAUAUAUAUAUAUAUAUAUAACCUAUAGAUUUGCUCUCAGUAAUAAUUUGUGUUCUUCUUUUCUAUUUGCUUCAUCGACAUUCCCAAAUUAGAGGACAACUUGCCCAUCGCAGUCGAAAAUGAAACUGUUUCUGAUCAGACCAAACUUGGGGUAAUGGAAAAAGUAGAGCUGGGCUCAGAUGGAGCAAAACUAAGCAAGGGUGUUGCUGAAGAGGAAGCAGAUGUUUUGAUCCCUGGAAUGACCAACUGUGCCCUUUCUACCUGUCAAAGAGUCGACCCCGAAGGCACAGAGCCUCAACCCGUGGCGCCGGAAGAGAAGUUCAGCAAAAGUUUGCCUGUCGCCCUUUUAGAAGCCGGUGAGCCUCGACCUGUGAUACCAGCCGAAGAGGUUGGUGAGCCUCAAGCUGCCACAGAAACUGCCAACACUUUGCCUCCGGAAACUGUACAGGACAGUCAGCCUGAUCCUGUUGAAUCAGCAGAGACAGGCACAGCUGAGCCUGCAACUGAGGAAAUUGUUAGGAGUCUUGUAACGGAAAUUGUGAAGGAGCUGCAAGAGGAUGAAGAACAACAGACUGAGGGUAAUAAAUUGUGCUAUUUCAGACUGAGAAGGCCAAGUUAUGACCUGUAUGCAGAUUCCACCGAUUGUAAUGAAUUUUUUUGCAUGCAGGUACAUGAGGGCAAAAAUCUUGCCCUGUGGGUUUGAGUUGUGUGUAGCUUUGACAAAUAGACUAAAAGGGGCCCCUCUGAAUAACUGAGGUCAGUGCCACCAAUUGUUGCCUUGUUUUGUUUCCUUGUGCUCCCAUUUCAUGUACUUAGUUUCCUCCUCCGCCCCCAGCAAUUAUUUAUGCUAGGUGAGAUGCUAACAAGAGAGUGGGUGGGAAAGCCCUUCUUUGGUGCAUAUUGCCAGAAGACAAAUGGCACAAAGGCGACUGUACUUUGAUUUGGUAAUGGAUCUGAACAUUCUGACAUCAAAGUAACUUGUUUCUCUUUUAUUUUAUUUAUUUAUUAGAUUUGUAUACCGCCCUUCAUCCAGAGAACACAGGGCGGUUUACAAUUUUUUGCUAAAUUCCAAAUCAGUCCAGUCAAAAUUAUUGCGAUGUGUAUAAUAGUUAACCAAAAAUACAACGCUAUUAUUGGUUCCAGUCUGCUUGUGAGGUAAUAGUAUUUAUUUAGAAUUGCUUUGCUGCAUUACAUCAAGUGUUUAUCUUGUCCAUUAUCAGUCUCCCAUCACACCAGGAAAAUUCCCCUUUGAGAUGCUGUUUGGCUGUGGCCUUUGGUAGCUGUAGGUAUUCUGCAUCUGAACAUAUCAAGAGUUAUACCUAGUGCUGAGUGGCUAUUAGCUAUGAUAGCCAUUUCCCAUGACGAAUCUUUUCUGUACCACUUUUAUGGUACGUGCAGCAGGAUUUCUGCAAAAUGCAGGCUGUAGGAAACAAGGUAGUAUUCAUUUACUGAAUGGUUUGAAAAACAUCAAAAUCAUUUAAUGCAUGGGUGAAUGGAAAUUCUGUUUACAUGGAUGUACAUGUCUUGACACGUGGAAUGCUGACAGAUGAAAACCAUAUAAUCUUUUGAAUGAAGUUUAGUAAUACAACUUAAGUUACUUAUUUCACCAACAACUUUUCUAAAAGUACACAGAGGACAAUGGUAGGUACACUUUGAUGUGGCAAAUACAUUUAUAUCAGCUGGCAAGUGCUGCAUGUCUCCUGUGCUUUCAACUAUUUCUUCUUUGAUGUUAUAAGGAACACCCAUAGCAUCAGUGGGGGCUGUUUCAUUAGCACAAAUGGAGCAUUGCCCCACCAGCUUCAGGCAGGUGCCACCUGCCUGCCGCCUUACCAUCAGCCCCAGGGAUAGCUUGUCAGUCUAAAGUUUGCCCUUUAUAGAACUCUGCGAGAAGGAAGAGGAUGGGGACAAAGCUGGAAUUAAUUGGUUUUGCCUGUCAUUGGCUCCACCUACUUUUGGUCUCUCUUGUCUUCCAUUCUACCAGUUCCAAAGGGUGCCAGUCACCAGUGCAGAACCUGCUAGGGCACUCAAUACUCUUUCAGUGUUUCCUGGCUUGAUCUCUAUGGUUACUGUUCCAGGUGAGACAGGAGAAAAGAAGGAAACUGAGAUGCACCGUGAUGCAGUAAGUGAGGGCUCUGAAACAAAAGAAGAAGAAAUGGGAGAAGCUACGGCAGCAACAGAGAUAGGUAUGUUGAUGGAGGAGCAAAGGGCUAAUAUAUUAGAAGUUUAAAAUGCUGUAUUCGUAUUCAUAACCUUACAUUGGCACGUCCUGGAUGCUGCCUGCAUUAUUUAAAUAGAGGUAUGUAAACAGUGUCCUGCAGGUAAUUGCUUGUUUUUAAAUCUGCCUAGGUUGUGUAGGAUUAACUCCGAGAUGGGGAAUCUGUAGUCCUCCAAAUGUUGAACUUUGACUUACUUCUGCCGCUAGCCAAUCCGAGCAGUGGCCAAAGAUUAUGGGAACUGUAGCCUCACAAUACAGUGGUACCUCGGGUUAAGAACUUAAUUUGUUGCGGAGGUCUGUUCUUAACCUGAAACUGUUCUUAACCUGAGGUACCACUUUAACUAAUGAGGCCUCCCGCUGCCGCCACACAAUUUCUGUUCUCAUCCUGAAGCAAAGUUCUUAACCCAAGGUACUGUUUCUGGAUUAGCAGAGUCUGUAACCUGAGGUACCACUAUAUCUGGAGAAAACCAGGUUCCUCAUCCCUGGUCUGUGUGUCUAGGUCUGCUCUAACCUCAUCUAGAGGUUGUCAGCUUUUGUUGGGGACAUGGGAUGAUGCCUUCUCCAAAUGAGUUCCUGCCACGUCUUGGAAGGAAAUUCCCAUUAACGCAGCCAGCAUGACCAGUGGUCAUCAAUGAUGGGAGCUGCAGUCCAGAGCAUCUGGAGGGCAGCAGGUUGGGGAGGGUAGAGCCUCUCUGUCUUCCACUUACCUCCUACAACCCCCUUGGAAAGCCCUCACUUCAGCUGGGUUCACUUCUGUCAUAAUUGCACAGCUGUAGAGAAAAGUCCUUUGAGGAGGGGUCAGACUGUAGGGAAGCAAGCAGCAGGGCACUUGUGUGAACCCUCUUGCUGUCAAAAUUGGACUACCACUACCUGCUUUCAUCUACUUUGGCCCCAAGCCAUUUGAAGCAGAUAAGCUAGUUAAAAAUAGACUUGGAAAAGAUGCACAUGUAGGAAAUGAGAAGCUUAAUUAUACACAUUUAAUUCCAUAGUUACUAUUUGCCAAACACAUUUUGAUGAUGAUCAGAUUGCUACCAUGGCUCUGGGAUUUCCCAUUCUCGGAUUUCUGUUAUAAUAGGUGAGGAAUGGGUAGGGUUCAGAAGCUCACUCACUGGACAAAACAAAGUACAGGUUUUGACUAGAGACAAAAGAACAAAUGAAAAGGCAGGCAAAAGGGUUCAUCGCUCAGGCCAGAUCUAACAUUACAGCACUUUAAUUUCCCUCAAUCUUAAUUGAUGGUGGAGAUUUCCUUUCUGUGAAACUGAAGGCCCCCUACUACUUUGGAAACCAGGGUCUGCAAUUAAAAGCUCAUCAUAGCACCCAGGAGAAAUGCUUGAUAUAAUUAGUGGAAUUUCUUAUAGUGGGAAGAGGAAUUGCCUGUGCAUAAAUAUGCCCAUGAAAAGAUAGCUGUGUUUUGUCUUCCUAGUUCUCUCACACACGUAUAUAUAUUUAGUAACUUGCUGUUUUGAGUCGUGCAGAAUUACAAAUAAGAAAUAGUUGGAAUCCUCCCCUUUCCCACAUUGCUCACUCUUUGCAAACUCAAAUUACCAGUGUCAAGAUUUCUUUUCUUUAAUUGAAUCUGCUUUCUCAAAUCAAUUUGAAGCAAAAGAUGACUCAACAAGUGUGAACUUUAAAUGGUUUAUCAUAUGGCGACACUUUGCAUCAGGUAGCCCUAGUACUGGUCAACAGAGGCUCAGGCGGCUUUGUCUUGUUUUACGGACCUUUCUGUACAUGCUCCUUUCAAUCCUCCAGUGUGCUAAGCACUCCCAUUUGGCUUUUCUUUAGCUGCUGUGUGAUGCUGGAAGUCAAUACAGUAUGUAUUUACGGACCAGGGUGGGGAAGCUCAGGCCUGGGAAAUGUUCCCAGGCCACACCUCCCUCCAGCCAUGUUUUGUACCACCCUCAAGUAUUUUUUGCCUUGCUGGAACGUGUCCUUCAACUGUAAUAAAAACUACUUGCUAGCCUGGAUUGAGGAUAGAAAGGCGUAUACAAGCAUGUGCAGAAAGUAGCCUACUGUACAAAGGUAAAAUUUAUAUUGUUUGCUCUGACUACUACUGCUUCUGUCCUGGCCUGGCAUCUGGCCUAGCAUGUGCCCCCUGCCCCUAGUUGCCCAGAAGGGAAUGCAGCCAUCAGGCUGAAAAAGGUUCUCCGGCCUUUAUAAAUUUAAUAUCCAAUUAUUUCCAGUAAAGAAAGGAUCACCAUUUUCAUCAGAUCUGAUUCUUCCCAAUAAUCCACUUUAAGCUUUACUGCCUUACUUGCAUUGUUCUGACAUGCUAAAUAUAAGCAGCAGAAGCUUCUUCAUAUGAUUCAUACAGAUGACUUCCUUUCAAAGAACUGUUCCUAGAAUAUAUUUGUCUGAAAGUCAUUGCCACUUUUAAAAUUUUAGGUUUUGUUUUUGUUUUAUAUUGCAGAAGCUACAAAUAAUGAAGAGUGACUCGUGGCUUCUGCCUGGACUUCAUCUUCGGCUGCUCAAAUAAUAUUAGCACUGGUAUAAUCUGGUUUUUUAUAGAAGCUUGUAUGGACUUGUCACUUCUGAGCACUAGGGGAGAAACCAUUUUAAUGAUUUUAUUUUGGGGAGUCAAGUUGCCAAGACACUGAGGAAUUGCAGUGUGUUAACCUUUCAUGUUUGCCAUAGAGUGCCUUCUGGAAACUUCCAUUUAAGUGAAAUCAUGUGUUGCAAAUCAAGAACUUCAUCUACUGUAUUUCAGUUUUAAAAAAAAUAAUAGAACUGGGUGCAUGGAGAUUCUCCAAGCGCUAGAUAUGAAAGUGUCUGAGCAUGGUUAGGUUCUAGUAAUAAUGUUGCAGCCAUGAGGUUUUUUUUUAACUCUACCAGUACAACUCUUAAGUGAAUUUUGUUACAUAAAACAAGUAUGGAUAUUGGAGCGUAAUAUUGCUGCUUUGGUUCAAUCUGGAAAGAUGCAUCAAUUCAUGCCUUGUUUUUUUAAACUAAUGAAGGUAGUCACUGCAAUCCAGCACUCAGGGGAUGAGAGCUAGCCUGUAAUUAUGGCACUUUGAAAGCACUUUGAAAGCACAGGAUAACUGUUGUCACCUGUUGACAAAACAAGCAAUUCUGUACACUCUAGUAAGAAAUUACUGAUAAGCACAACAGCAACAUACACUGUUACUGUAUUGUGGUGGUAGCACUUCUGUUAAAAUGAAAAUGUUAAAUUUUAAAUCUGUAAAAUUCUAAUCAAUUCCUGAAAACACACACUAAAGUAAAAGUAUAAACCAAAUGAAUUGCUGCCUCUAGUGUGUAAUUAUGUGUACUUCUAGAACACUUUAUAGAUUUCCCCCCAAAGUGUAUAUGAAUUCUAUUUGCCUUUAUAAACCUGUUAUUUGAUAGUAAUUAUGAAAAGUGAACCCUUCAGUCUUUUUCAAAGAGAAACGUUGAAGUGCAAAUCUUACAGCUGAGAGAAAAUAAUUUCACAUAAAAAGCAAGAACUUUGCAGACGUUUAGUGUGAAUCUAUUGGUUGCAUAUUUUUGAGAAGUUGGGUAAACUUGAGCAGAGCUGAUCUUCACCCACCUUAUGUCUGAACCAGGAAACCUUUGUUUUAUGCCGGGGUAUACUUGAUAAUGGUUGGGAUUUGUGCCUCAUGUAGUCUAUAAAAUGGUAAUUUUAACACUGAAAUAAAGCAUUUAUGGAAUGUC